AAAAAACAUGCAUGCGCUGCACUUCUAUAGUCAGUACGUGCACGUAGUGUAUUUGGGUACGCAUGUACCGGUGAGUACGUGGGACUAAAUGUACGACAUAAUUUAUAACCACGCAGUGUCAAGGACUAAACUGACCACGGAUCACAGCCACUACCGUGAAUUAUAUCGACGAAUAUCGUAUAUCCCUUAAGAGCAAACAGUUCGCCAGAUAAUUACAUAAUCGUUUGAUCUUGGUCUUUGACCCCCGCUCAAACCUGUCCACGUGCCACUUGAGCACGCAAAACGUGAGCGUCAUAAUUUACCGUGCAGUAUUUUGCGUCAACGCAACGAAAUAUCUGUAACCUUGCCAAUUCGAGCCGGAAUAUUAUUAUAUGCGUCGAUAAAAAAGGCGCUUGUUGACGCUGUCAUAAGGCGAGAAUGAAGGAAGAGACGAACGAAGUGCUGGACGAAGAACAGUGGAAGCUGGAGGCUCAAGCUAUUAUCAAUGACGUGAAACACCAUGUAACUGACAUAAAAGUAUCGGAAAAAUUGCAGAGCAGCAACCGAUUUCUGUAUCUGAAUUUAACCACGUUAGAGGGUUUGAAGUUUUGCAUAGAAUUAUCGAGUGCCGGCUUCGCAGUCGUUGGUAAUGAUCAUGACGAUACGUCACAAGAAACCGAUCAACAUUUCGAAACACCAUACAGCUUACUAGAUUUUGUUAGCCCUCAAUACAGAGACUCCUUUGGCAGUUCGAUCAUUGACAAGCUUAAAAAGUUAAGCGAUAGCCAGUGAACAAAAUUUCGUUAUUCUGACGAUACCACGACAAAGACUCGUUGUAACGUCAAAUAUAGUUCGUAAACUGGCGAACAAACGUGCUUGAAUAUACGUUUUAGGAUCAUGCAUUCGAUAUCCAAAAUAAAUCGUCAUUCUGAACAAAUGCGUUUUCUCUCUGCGUCACUGCUCGUUUAGGCCGAAUCUAGCCGAAGAUAUCCGAGUGCACCUUAAUCUGCAAGGACAGUAUCGUAUCUGAUACACGAUCACAGAUUAAUCUUUCCAACUUUUCAUGUGGCUUGAUAGAAAACAAUAUUCCAUAGUAUAAAUAGAUCUAUCCAUAGUGAAACUGUUGUCAAUAAUAAAAUGACGUCUUUUUACAGUAGACAGUUUAUUCAUUUUCGAAUAGAAACGUAGCUAUGAUUGAUAAAACAAUGCUCGAGGCAUCAUACGUAAAAAUAGAACUGAAAUUUUAACGUGUGAUCAGCAGAUUCGACGUAAAUCAUACAUUUGGAUAGGUUUGUGCUAUUCAUACAUUUUGUUGUGUUAGGGUUUAUUCAGACUGAACGAACAAGGGUUCGUUUAAUGUAAAUGUAGAACAAAUCUCGCUAUUCGAUUAAGUACGAAUGUUUGUAGAGUUUAUGUUUAACAUUCGAAUGUAAAUUGAAUGCGAAUUAAAUCGCAUCGAUUUGAAUAUUCGUUUAGCGUAAAUUUUGCCGAAGUGGAAAAGGACGAGCUUGCCUAGUUUGAACGAAGCCUUACACGCAGCGAAAGAUGUACAUUUUGUGACGGCACACUAUAGAUACGGCAGUGCGAUACCAACGAAUCGCGUGUCCCUAGUAAAUAUCCCUAGGAAUCGAGAGAUCAGUGGGUGCAAGUGGUAAUAUCGGUUGUAUUUACCCCUUCCUCUACGUUCGUUGCUCUGUGUGCCGUUUGGCGUAUUCCACUGUCGGAGUUGUGAAGCAACGAAGCGGUUUCGCCGAAUGUGUCGCAUUAUGUGUGCGUUUUGUGGUGUUUCUGAAUGAGUUUACCAUCGAUCAAGUGCCUAAGGACGACACAGUGUGUUUCAUUUGUUAAUUUCGUUGCGGCUGGUGGAACUAUGUCAAACGGUGAGCGAUGACACGCCCGUGAAAAAACGAUAACAACGGCGAGUGAUUCUUCGAUUGAGCAAAAAUACGAGAGACAACACGCGACGGACCACCUUUGUGUAUUUCAGUGAAAUUACAUUAAACGAAACAUGCUUCAGCCUAGAGCUACGCGCAUCAGACGGUAAAGAAG